UGAGAAGAUGUACACCACUUCUAGUGUAAGAUUUGAUACGAUGAGUGGUCACAACCAGAAGUUGUCCACAUAUUCACAGAUCGAGUUGAGUGUUUCGGCCCGAAAACUGAUCAAUCGGGACAUUACCUCAAAAUCAGAUCCACAAUGUAUUUUGUAUAUAAGACAUGGAUUAAGUGACAAAUUUAUUGAAAUCGGCAGAACAGAAGUGAUUAAAGACAAUUUAAAUCCCGAUUGGAUCAAGAAGUUUGACAUUCAAUUCAAGUUUAAUGAAAGCCAACUCUUGAAGUUUGAACUUUGGGACUUUGAUCCCAUCUCUGGCAAUGAAUUUUUGGGUCAAAUUGCUGUCGAGUUGGGCGCUAUUCUGGCCAAAAACGGUGGAACUUAUCAACAAAAACUAACAACUGGUGGACGACAACCUCGAAGAUUUGGAGGAGAAUUAUUGAUCAGAGCUGAAGAAUUGUCUGCCAAUAAACAAAUUGCUUUGAUUUCAUUUUCGGCCUCCAAUUUAGAUAAAAAGGACUUUUUAGGUAAAUCUGAUCCUUAUUUGACACUUUCGCGAAGCAAUCCCGACUCUACCUAUAGUGUGGUCCAUAAGACUGAAGUAAUAAAAAAUACAUUGAAUCCUCAGUGGAGACCAUUCAAUAUAAAAGCCCAACAGUUGUGUGGAGGAGAUUAUGAAAGGUCUAUCAAAGUAGACUGUUAUGAUUGGGACGAAAACAGUGCCCACGACUUGAUUGGCACUUUCGUGACAAACUUGAAACGACUGUCUGCCGGCUCAUCUCAAAACACUUAUGAGUUAAUAAACGAGGAAAAGAAGAAACGUAAAGGAAAGUCAUACACCAACUCAGGUGUUGUUAAACUGAAUAGUAUUUCCAUUACACAAGAAGUCACUUUUAUAGAUUAUAUUCGCGGCGGAACUCAAAUGCAUUUUGCUGUUGCUGUUGAUUUCACGGCAUCUAACGGUGACCCACGAGAUCCACGCUCUUUGCAUUUUCUUGACUAUAGUGGACGUCCCAAUCAAUAUGAAAUUGCUUUGAGAUCUGUGGGCGAAGUUAUCAGAUCAUAUGAUACACAGGGAUUGUUUCCGAGCUAUGGAUUUGGUGCUAAAUUACCGACCGGACACGUGUCACAUAUGUUUCCCUUAAAUAAUAACACAUCGCAUCCCUAUUGUCGAGGCAUUGAAGAAAUAAUUGGUUUCUAUAAGUCAACUUUAAAUGCUAUUACACUUCAUGGACCCACCAAUUUUGCACCAGUUAUUAACAAUACCACUUCAAUAGCACAACGAUUUCAAGAUGGAAAGCAUUACUUUAUUUUAUUGAUCAUCACUGAUGGUGUUAUCUCUGAUAUGUCCGAAACAAUCGAUGCUAUAGUAAACGCCUCAACUCUGCCCUUAUCUAUAAUUAUUAUUGGUGUCGGAAAUGCCGAUUUCAGUGCAAUGGACUUUCUUGACGGCGACGGCACUACAAUUGUAUCGCGAGGCAGACGAGCCGUCAGAGAUAUCGUACAAUUUGUACCAUUAAAUCGAUAUGUUAAUAGCAAUUGGCAACAAAAUCAGUUUGAGUUAGGAAGGGCUGUAUUGGCUGAAAUACCGACUCAAUUCUUGCAAUUUAUGAACUCGAAAGGCUUUAAACCAUCGCCACCGGGUCAGGGAUCAGUACAGACCGGUAUAUUUCCAGAACCAACCGGCAAUGAAUCGACACCUAUUUAUCCAUCAAUUCCUUCUGAACCAAAUCAAUCUCAUUUUUCACCAACAAACCAGAAGGGUCCGGCACCUCCUCCUCCAUCAACAUUCGGUUCUUAUGGUACACCAACAGCUGGUGCGCCUUAUCCUCCAAACACGACGUCUAUGUCUUAUCCCAAUAUACAAUCUGGUAACCCUUAUCCACCAAAUCCUACACAAUACCCUCCCGGAAACCCUUACCCACCAACUACUACAGCUUAAUACCCUGCAGGAAACGCUUACCCUCCGACAUCUACACAAUACCCGUCUGGAAACCCUUACCAACCAACUGCACCCACCCAAUACCCUACUGGUAAUCCAUACCCAAAUAUCGGUCCUAAUCCUUAUCCAAGUCCAGGAAAUUCUUAUCCGCCGACUGGUUCAGGCUCUUAUCCCUAUCCACCAGCAGGUAAUUCUCCAUAUCCUUCCAGUACCACUAAUGCCCGACCUACUGCACCACCUAAUCCCUCAUAUCCCUCCUAUGGUGGUCCCAAUCAACCUAGUUAUCCACCGUAUUAAUUAGUCUUUUAAUAAAUGCUACAGUCAUGACAAUAAUCACAAAUGAUUAACCGAUCAAAUAUAUUAAUACGACUGUGAUAUUAAUUGAGCCAUAAAUCCAUAAAUAUUUACUAAAAAACAAUUCAAAUUAAUUGAAAAUUUUUUAUUUCAAGUUUAUCUCUGAUGCCAAUUAAGUUGCUUUAAACUUAAAUAUAAUAUAACCAAACUUAACUAAACAUGUUUUUUAAUUAUACAGUAUUUAUAUUAUUUGUUAAUAUUGUUGUUGUGUUGUUGCUGCCAAUAUAUCUCAAGUCAAAUAAAGAUUUACCAAUAAAUAAAUUUGCAUUUAAUAUAUUUACAAAUCAUCUAAAAAUAAUUUAUGAUUUUGAUUGAAUAAGCAUCACAACUAAGGUAA